AUGGAUGCAACAUAUCAGCAACAUAUGGUGGGGUCGCAGCAGCUGCAGCCGGGUAUGAUUAUGCCACAUGCCACAGAUAGCGAUUAUAUCUCGAUGGUAAAUGGUAGCAAUAAUUAUCCAGCAAUAUAUCCGCCAAUGUCCACAUCGUAUAAUAACUAUAAUGAAGCCUUUGGUGAGGAUCAGGCCUCAUGGCAGCAGGGCAGUAGCAAACCAGCUCAGGAUUAUCAGCAACAACAAUAUCAUCAUCAAAACUCCUCAACUUCGUCAUCAACAAAUUUACUUACAACCUGGUCAGCAACCGGCCAAAGCAAACAACCAAGCCGAACUAAUGAUGCACCUUCUGCGCUCUCUCUCUUCCAGGGUAAACAAAAGAAAACACAAAAGGCGAAAAAGCAACGCACUGCCCAACUGGCACGUCUGAUGAAGCCGACCGACUCCCGCAUUAAAGAAGAGCUGCGUAAAAAACGCAAGAAACCCAUCGAUCCGCUACAAAUCAAAGUUAACCAGGCACCACAACAAAGUUCGGCACUGUUCUUCCAAUACAACACUCAGUUGGGUCCACCUUACCACAUUGUGUUGGAUACAAAUUUCAUUAAUUUUAGCAUUAAGAAUAAAUUGGAUAUCAUUCAGGGUAUGAUGGACUGUCUGUACGCAAAAUGUAUACCCUAUAUAUCGGAUUGUGUGCGAGCGGAAUUGGAAAAACUUGGCAACAAAUAUAAAUUGGCGUUGAGAAUAAUUUCGGAUCCACGCUUCGAACGACUGCCAUGCCUGCAUAAGGGUACCUAUGCUGAUGAAUGUAUUGUGAAUCGAGUGCAACAGCAUAAAUGCUAUAUUGUUGCGACGAAUGAUAAGGAUUUGAAGAAUCGUAUAAGGAAGAUACCCGGUGUUCCGAUUAUGUAUGUUGCGGCUCAUAAAUACGCCAUUGAACGUAUGCCCGAAGCAUAUGGUGUAAAGGCGUAGUAGCUAGGAG